CUGGAGGGCAAUUGACACAAAACUCUCCUGCUGACUUCAGCCUGAAGACUGAAGCAGAGUAAUCUCAGGGAUCUUCAGCACCUCUACCCAACAGAAUGAAAUACGCACAAUACCUUUUCCUGGCAUCAAUCCUCUCCACGGUUGAAUAUAGCCUAGCUCAGACCUGUGCAGUGGACUCUUUCUCUGUGAAAGACAAUUUUGAUCCAAAAAGGUACGCAGGGAAAUGGUAUGCCUUGGCCAAGAAGGAUCCAGAAGGCCUUUUCCUUCAGGAUAACAUCUCUGCUGAAUACACUGUUGAGGAAGAUGGCACAAUGACAGCUUCUUCCAAGGGCCGGGUGAAGCUUUUUGGGUUCUGGGUAAUCUGUGCUGACAUGGCUGCUCAGUACACAGUGCCAGACCCGACCACUCCUGCAAAGAUGUACAUGACGUACCAGGGCCUGGCGAGCUAUCUGUCAAGUGGUGGGGACAACUACUGGGUGAUUGACACCGACUAUGACAACUACGCCAUUACUUACGCCUGCCGCAGCCUGAAGGAGGAUGGCUCCUGUGAUGAUGGCUACUCCCUGAUCUUCUCUCGCAACCCCCGUGGCCUGCCCCCCGCCAUCCAGCGCAUUGUGCGCCAGAAGCAGGAGGAGAUCUGCAUGUCUGGCCAGUUCCAGCCUGUGCUGCAGUCAGGAGCCUGCUAAGAGUAUAUUUCUGAUUCUACCCCUAAGCACAGAAGCCAGACCUCUUGGUACUGAAGCUGCCACUCAGCUAAUAAAUCAUAGUAGUGUGUUUUCUCUGAAAAACACAUGAAAAUGUUGGGGAUUUUGUAAACUGUGCGCAGUACAGUAGUGGUAUCUGAAUUUUCAAGGUAAUACCUAA